UCAUUCUAUAGGUUGACUCGUGUCGAAUGAGAGAAAUGCUCAUAGCGCGCCUUUUCGCGGGUUAAACGGUUCACGGCCACGUGCAGGGUUAACGGUUGUUUUUUUUCAUAAAUAAAUAAAGCUACUUUAUAAAAACAUGGCUUCAUUUUGUGUAACAUGAUUAAACAACUAUUCGAGAGAGGCUAGUGUGUGUGUUGUGAUGUUACGUGACUGCACGUGAGUGCGCAACUCUAGUUACAACGCAUUUUAGUAUGAGCACACCUGUUAUUUAUUCUUUCAUCAUGAUUGUCAUUUAGCUUGUCUCAUGGACGCAGUAUAUGGUUCAUUAAAACUAGCCUUACGUGUGCGAUAAGAAUAGCUUAAGCAAAUGAAGUUUGAUUCUGAUUGUGAGGGCUUAUGAGUGCUGUGUAAAUACGAAUGCGAAGAGUUAGUUGGCCCUUGGACUGAUGAGAAGAAGAUUUUUGAAAAUGAUCCAUCAGAAAUGCAGACAAGGCCUGUAUCCGUCCAGCAAUAUUAAUAGAUUUCCAGUGCCUGAAGAUAAAGUUCCAUGGACCGAGGAAUAUCCGGAUUAUCAACCUGUUGAUUAUACUUCGCCUGUCCUUGAAGGGAAACCUUGGGCGGAUCCGAAAAUUGAUGACCCUUCCUUCAAACCAAACUGGAAUUCGAUCGAUGACAAGGUGAACCGUCAAAGUUUUAUGGGUGACUACGUUGUCGAUGACAAUGGCUACCCUUCAAAUCCUGUGGGUCGUACUGGCAUCGUCGGUCGAGGUCUUCUUGGUCGCUGGGGACCAAAUCAUGCAGCUGAUCCAAUAGUAACUCGAUGGAAGCGCAAUGGCACGGGUGCUUUGGAGAUAAAUAGAGAGACAGAAAAACCAAUUUUACAGUUUAUUUCAAUACAAAGAAAAGAUUCUGGUGAAUGGGGAAUACCUGGUGGAAUGGUAGAUCCAGGGGAGACCAUCACAGCAACACUUAAGAGGGAAUUCAUGGAAGAAGCUAUGAAUUCAAUAGAGAUGACUCAAGAAGAGAAAGAAGAAUUAGAAGAUUCGAUCAAAAGAUUUUUUGAAAAGGGUGACACCAUUUAUAAAGGAUAUGUGGAUGAUCCCCGUAACACUGAUAAUGCUUGGAUGGAAACAGUUGCUCUGAAUUUCCAUGAUGAGGAUGGUAGUACUGUUGGCAGAUUAAGUUUAAAAGCAGGAGAUGAUGCAUCUAACGUCCGGUGGAUGGAUGCUAAUAGAAAUCUCAACUUGUAUGCUAAUCAUGCAGAAUUUAUUAAACAAACUGCACAUAAGCGUAAUGCUCAUUGGUAAGAAAUUGUGUCAAUAACAAAAAUGAGCAUUUCUUGCUUUUUUCAUUUUGAUAAACGCACACUCAAAGUGUCAGCUAGCUUUAUUUUUAUACUCCACUCAGAAGUUUUCAUGACAAAAUAUAUUAAUCUCUUGCCAAAGUUAAAAAUAUUUUCUUAUGCUAUUAUUAUAUUGUUUGAUACUACCAUUGUGGUAAUUACCAUUGAUAUAAAAGAAAUACAAUUUCACAGAAUUGUAAGCCGUAUUGCUUCACAUAUUUUAAAUAAGAAAUUCAAAGUGCUUAGGCACAAUUUUAUUCAAUAACUAUUUUCACAUGUCCAUUGUUAUAUGUACGAAAUAAAAUGAUUACUAACAAUAA